AUGUAUAUGAUGAAUAUUCACUGCUCUCCCAAGUGGACGUCAGUUGGAGCUAAGAAACUGAUUUGUCUUUUGCUGUGCAUAUCAGUAGCUUGCUUGAUCACUUAUCGAGUACAUGUUUGGUUAAAGCAUUACGACAGUUUGGCAUCAAAAAUGAUUAUUUCAGCUUAUGAUGAUCAUCAAAGUAAUUUGCCAUUUCCUUUGAUCAGUAUCUGUAAUAUUAAUCCAGCAAGGGGAACUAAACUGUACAAUAUUCAGUCAACUGAGUCUCAGGAUCGUGGUGUUGAUUAUGAAAUUUUCUCAGAUGCUUUUCAAGGACGUCCAAGUGAAAAUCUCCCGGAAAGCAAACUUAAAAUGUCAAUUUUCAAGCUCAUGGAGAAAGCAUCUCAUCAGAUAGAUCAAAUGUUAAGAAGCUGUAAAGUUGGCCAAAGACAUUGUUCCGUACUGAAUUUUACAAAGAGUGUUCUACCGAAUGGAGCUUGUUAUACAUUAGCUGGCGAUUUAACUGGCAUAGACGAAAUUCAAUUAGUGUUAGAUCCACAAAGUUACGAUUAUUUGGUACCGAAUCAAGGAUUUAUUGGUUUUCGCAUUUUGUUACAUGGAUAUGGUGAUUCCUUAUGGGCAUUAAUACCAACUGCUGUUUAUGCUGGUCCAACAUUUCAUACUAUGUUACGUGCAGUUGGCCUUAAAAAGAUUUAUAAACAACAUUGUACAAGUCAAUCAAUCUGGGCUAGUUGUAUGCAUGACUGCAUGCAAGAAAUGUUAUUAGAAAAAUGUCAAUGUCAAUUGCCAGAUUGUACUGUUUUUGAAAUGAUGAGAUGUGGAUUAACUAUGAAUUCAAUGAUUGAAUCUCUAUCACCAGUUCAAUGUCAAUGUCAUAAUCCCUGUGAAGCAAUAUCUUAUUCAGUGGAAUCUAUAACACAAGCAUUAAAAUCACCAUUAUUAUUUACAAAUUCUCUAAAUCUAUUUACUAAAAUAAAUCAAACCAAUUUUGAAUCAAACAAUAAUUUUCAACUACCUACUGAUCAACAACAAUUUAAUAACAAAAUUAUAUCCAAAAACCAAAAAUUGACAACUGUUUCUGAUGACAUUAGUGAUUAUGAUCCUAAUAACAAUAACCAUAAAAAUGCUAAAGAAUUGAAUAUAAAUCAACCGGAACAAUUUCUGCACAUUUACAGAAAAGAGAUUUGGGAUGGCUUACUCCUUCAAACAUGGGCAUUUUUACGCGAAGCUAAUCGUACAGCGUUUGAACAGUUAAGACAACUUUCUCGUCUUUUACAAAGUUUAAAUUUGGAUUUACAGACAGUAGAACGUGCAGUUUAUAAAGUUCAUAGAAAACAUAGAUUUAAUUUAGAAGCUACGGACCUAAUGCUUUGGGAUAGCGAACGUCUAUCAACAAAUAAACAUUCUUCUUCAGACCGAUCUAACGGAUUAUGUAUGGAUAGUGAAGAACAUUCUCGUAUGCUAGAAAGGGUCAGCCGUUUAGGAAAGGAAUUUGUCCGCCUUUUUAGACAAAGCAUUUUGUUUCGCGAUAUAACAUUAGUCCCAGGACUAGAUUUUCACAUUCAUCUUGUUCGCCUGUUUUUUUUAAACGUCGUCGACGAGUUGGAUCGUCUUGCUAAUCAAUUAUUACACAACGACCUGUUUUCUGAUGUGACAAUGCUUGAUUUACAACGUAAGACACAUCAGUGCAAGCAAACUAACAAUAAUUUAAUAUACAACGAUACUAGUUGGGAAAAUCAGUUAGAACAAUCACAGUUAAUUGUUGCCAGUGAAGAUAUAGCGAGUCUUCAAGCUGUUCUUUUAGCUACCGAUUCGCAGUUCAAACAAUUAAGAACGGUGUUUUCUAAAUUAGUUUUGGAUAACCGUGAAUUAAUUGAAACUGUUCCAAUUAAGCGGGCUAGUUUAAACACUAAACCAGAUAGCUUGAUCAGCACCGAAGAAGGAUUAGUCAGUGUUACAAUACAGCUGACAAGGGAUAAAAAUCGUCUUAUACGUUUGGAAUCAGUACAGGCAAUUUAUAGUCCAAUCGCUGAACUAUUGGACCUAAUAGUAUCUGGUCUAUUGCUUGCAUUUCUAUCUAUCUUCCUUCUAAAUAUUUGUGUUUCACACCCAAACAAUUCGGAUUCGUGUUAUUCUGAAUGCUGUUGCUGUUGUUCCACUCUCGUAAAUAAAUCCACUAAUUCUAAAUCAUGUGAAUCACCGAAAUUGGUUACUCAUACCACUUUACCUACAGCUUCAUAUAUUAAUUGUAAUAUAGAUAGUGGAAGUUCUAGUAAACGUCUGCCAAAACUCAAUACUAUCUCAUAUAAAAAUCACAGUGACUUAAUACCAACUGAUAUUUUACAGAAAAAACCCACAAUGAAUUCAGUUUAUUUGUUUGAUUCACAUCAACAAGAUGGAGUCCCGAUUUCAAGUAAUUGUAUAAUAACAGGAUUACCAAUUACCAAUAAUAAGCCAUGUGCAAAAAGUUUUGGAGAAAAUUGUCGACAUAAUAUCCAUAUGUAUCCAAAUGGAUCAACACAAUAUCUGACACACAAUUUACCUACUUUACAGGGAUCUUCAAUGACAUUACCGAAGUGGGACAAUAAAGUUCUUCAAAUUGAUGUGGAUGGUUUUAACUGUAUGGAUGUAUCUGAGCAUUCUACAACUGAAUGUGAGGGUGAGCAAUCACAUGCAAACACAAAUCGUCAUUAUUCAUGUCAUCAACAACAGUCACUUCCACGACAACAACAACAACAGUUAAAUCAUCAACAAAACAGUGUCAACGAAUCCUGUAUAAGUUUUUGUGAUUGUUUGUAUUCCAUGGAAGAUAAUACAAGAACAGAUCCUGCAUCGUGUUUAAAUUCAAAUAAACUUUUAUUUUGUAGUAAUCAUUCAAAUACUGUGAAAAAUUGUUCUUCUAAUAGAAAACCAACUGAUAUUAAUUAUAGUAAAAAUGAAAUGUUAAAUUGUUUGAUAGUAACACCACAACUACAGGAUACAACAACAUUUAAUGAAGUCACACCAAAUAUUGUAACAACACAUCAGUUACCGUUUAAUGUUGAUUUACUUCAGUCAUCGCAAUUGUUGGACGAUAAGGCAACACUACCAGGAAAACAAAUACAAUCGGUAUGUCAGAGUUAUGUAUUAGGCACAGUUUUAAUAACAGAUGAGAAUAAUAUUCAUGACUACCAAUGUGUAUAA